AAUUGAGUUAAGGAUAACAUCUUUAGGAAGGAAGGUAGCUGAGAGGGUUCCUGAUCAACAUCCUGAAAUUAUUCAAGGGUGGUUGAAUACUUCGGGGUUGUGCUGGCUUGAGCGGACUAGCUUGAAACUUACCGAUCCGCAGCUUCUAUCGGUAUUUGUUGAGAGGUGGCACCCUGAAACAUCGUCAUUACUCUUGACGAUGUGGCGUGUCUUUUGCAUCUGCCUGUUAGGGGUUACUUCUAUACUCCUGUAUCAGUUACUCAGGAACAAGCUGCAGCACUUGCAACUGAGUUGUUGGGGAAAAGUUAUGAGGUUGCAUUGCAAGAGACUUCAGCGCAGAGGGGUGGUUAUUUUUCCCAACAAUGGCUAUAUGAAUGUUAUCAGAGGAAUGUUAAUUUAUACGGGAUAUUUGACUAUGCAGCCAGGGUGUGGAUGUUGAUGUUGGUUGGAUGUACCAUUCUGACUGACAAGAGUUACACACGUGUGGAUUCAAAAUGACUAGUUAUGUUUAGAGAUUUGUCUACAUGCCAUACAUUUUCUUGGGCUAGUGCUGCAUUGGUUUGUUUGUACGAUAAUUUGAACGAUGCAUGCAUGUUUACUACAAAGGCCCUUGCAGGGUAUGCGACACUUCUACAGUGUUGGAUUCACGAGUAUUUUCCUAGCCUUGGUAGGCGGGCUGCGUCGGGACUUAAUUGUGAUGAGCCUGACUUUCCUCGAGCUAUGCGGUGGAUAUAUAAGCAGGGGAAGACCAAGCUUCCCGAGUAUCGACCUAUCAUGGAUGCACUGACCCCUGAUGACGUGAUAUGGCGUCAGUUUGAAACUCAUAGAGGUAGCAUUCCUUUUGAUCCGAUUACUCUAUAUAGUGGUUAUCUGCGUGGGUGCACGGUAGUUCCUUACUUGCCUGAGAGGUGUAUUAGACAGUUUGGAUACGUACACUAUGUACCACCACCACCACCUCUAGCUCGUGCCUAUGCUGCUAUUGAUAGUGACCUAAAUGGUUAUCACGCGUCUAUUGAUCGGAUCCUUCAGCCGACACAUCCAGUGACAUAUGCUUCUGAGACUACACCUAAUUACUUGCCGUGGUACUAUACGGUAUCACAUUCUAGACUGUGUCGCCCUGUUGAUGGACCGCAUGGAGCACCACUAGUUCCAUAGUAUGCACCUGCACCAGAUGCACCUGCAACAGAUGCACCAGCAGAAGAUGCACCACCAGAAACUGCACUACAACGCGAACGGAGAUGGAGAGGUAUGGUUCAUGGCGCGCUUGAGGCAUUUUCUGACGAGGGUAGACACUGAUAGAAAUGACCAUGACUUUGACGACCUUUUUUUUGCACUGGGUGUGUCCCGUGGUGCAUACCCAUGACUAGUCAUUUUGCAUUCCGUG